AUGACAAGCACCGGUGCAACGAACAACUACAAGCAGGGCUAUUCCAGCCAAACGGUCGCAACCCAACAAACCCGCACGGCGGAAUCGGAGGCCGCCUUUCUGCUGCCUUACAUCAAAAAUAAAGACUACAUUCUCGAUGUUGGCUGCGGUCCUGACACCAUUACCACGGGCUUUGUCAAAUACGCCAGUGAGGGGAGAACCGUCGGCCUCGAUCUUUCGGCAAAUGUCUUAGAGAGGGCCAAGGCAGCCGCCAAUGGGGCCGGCAUUCCCAAAGAGGGUCCAGGCUCCGUUGUCUUUGAGGAAGGGAAUAUCCUAGAAGUCAAGGCUCUCACCGAGAUGCGCCGAGUAUUGAAGCCCGGAGGGAUCCUGGCCUCACGCGAUGCAAUCGAACAGCACUUUUACCCCCGACAUACCGACCUCGAUCGUCUCUGGGUUGGGAAUUUCCGCCGGGCGGUGCUUAACGGGGACUGGAACGCUGACCUAUCGCCGCCUGUGAUGCCAGCUCUGUACCGUCAAGCGGGCUUUGAUGCUGACGCAGGCAAGGUUCACGUCGGCACUGGAAGCUCGACUGUAGAGGCUCGCCGCUGGCUAUCGAAGCGUGCAGAAAGCCAGCUCAAGCCCGGGGAUCCCUUGUACUGGAGCUGGCGGGAAGCAGGCAUCACCGAGGACGAGAUACAGGAGACGUUGCGUGCCUCGAAAAAAUGGGCCGAGACUGAGGAUGCAUGGUUUGCUUCGCUCCAGUGCGAGAUGCUCGCCUGGAAGUAG